AUGGAAAACACCAGCAUACAUAUCUUUAUCUUUGGUUUCUGUACAAGCCUUCUCAUCGUUACAACCCUAAGCCAAAGCCAGCGUCGGUUGUCGUCCAAGGAACAUGCAUCCCUUUUCAUUUUUGGGGAUUCAAUAUUUGAUGCUGGAAACAAUAACUACAUUAACACUAGUUAUCGGGCAAAUUCGCCAUAUGGUGAAACAUUUUAUAAAAACCCAACGGGAAGAUUUUCGGAUGGUCGCCUAAUUUCAGAUUUUAUAGCUCAGUACGCAAAACUUCCUAUUAUUCCACCGUAUCUUCAACCCGGCAACCAGCAAUUUAGAUACGGCGUAAAUUUUGCUUCUGCAGGAGCUGGUGCUCUGGUGGAAACUUUCCGCGGUUUGGUUAUAGACCUUAAUUCUCAACUUUCAAAUUUUGAGCGAGUUCGUCAGUCAAUGAGGACAAAUUUAGGGGAUGAAGAAGCCAAGACUCUGAUAGCAAGAGCUGUUUACUUGUUUAGUGCCGGAGGCAACGAUUACUCGUACAUAUUCGGGACAAACUCCGGCAGCCUUCGAACCCACUCUCACAGGGAAUUUGUAGGAAUGGUUCUAGGCAACAUAACUGCAGCGAUCAAAGAAAUAUACAACGAGGGAGGAAGAAAAUUUGGGUUUCUUAGCCUUGAUCCUCUUGGUUGUAUACCAUUCUCAAGACCAUUAGGGAAUAAAGGUGGAUGCUUUGAUGCGAUUACACCAUAUCUAGAACUACACAAUGCAGAACUUCCCAAACUCCUUCACAAGCUGGAGACUGAGCUCAGUGGAUUCAGAUACUCGCUAUCCAACUAUAAUGAGUUUCUGAGUGAUAGGAUUAAUAACCCUUCUAAAUAUGGUUUUCUGGAGGGGAAGGUGGCAUGUUGUGGAAGUGGUCCGUAUAGAGGAACUUUCAGCUGCGGAGGACAAAGAGGUACCAAAGAGUAUGAUUUAUGCCUGAAUGUAAGUGACCAUGUCUUCUUCGACUCUGGUCAUCCCACAGAAAGGGUCAAUCAGCAAUUUGCUACGCUAUUCUGGAGUGGAUCUCCCAAUUCCACUGCUCCUUACAAUCUCAAAGCACUAUUCGAAAAUUGA